AUGAAGGAAACUGAGACAUUGAACCCAUAUGCCCAUCAAUAUCUCAUGGAUAAAGAUCUUAAAACAUGGUCAAGAGCUUUCUUUCAAGCUGGAAGGUGUUAUGAUGCAGUUGAAAAUGGCUUCUCAGAAAGUUUUAAUGUUGUAAUAGUAGAUUCCAGGAAGAAGCCCAUAAUAACCAUGUUAGAAGAGUUACGAUUAUACAUGGUGGACAAAAUUUACAACAUGAAAUUAAAGGGACGACAAUGGGGAAAUCAUAUUUGUCCAGAGAUAAGGGAUAAGGUGAAUUUGCUUAAAACAAUUCAAAGGCAUUAUCAGGUCCUACCUAGUGGAUUAAACCAGUUUGAGGUAAGGGGAGCAACAGAUGCAUAUGAGGUGGACUUAGAAAGGAAAACCUAUUCAUGUAGGUUGUGGGAAUUGAAAGAAUAUGGAUGUGCUCAUUUUGUAGCUAGCAUAUCCUUUCUUAAUAGGGAUGUAGAAGCCUAUGUAGACAACAUGUUUAGCACAACCACAUUUAGGAAAGCAUACAAUUACAUAAUUGCCCCCAUGAAUAGCAGUGACAUAUGGCCAGAGACAAAUUAUACUCCACAAUUGUCUAUGAUUAGUAGAAGGAUGCCUGGUAGGCCAGCUACUAAGAGGAAGAAAUGCACUACAGAGAAUACAGGAACACACAUGGUUUCUAAGGCUGGAAAGAAAAUCAGAUGUAGUAUUUGCAAGGAGAUAGGUCACAACAAGGCAACUUGUGCACAGAGAAGGCCCCAAAAGUUAAAUGUGAAGAAACAGAAGCAACAAAAAUUUUGUAUGAAGCAAAAUGCAGGACAAGUUGAAAUGACUCCAAUUGAGAUGGAUACUACUCAAAAUGAUAUACAAGUUACUCCUACUGAUGUUGAAUCCAGUAGUACAGGGGAUUUUAGUCAGUUUAUGCAAUUUACUCCACCUAGAAGUUAUGAAGGUGAUUAG